AUCCUUAACAUCCUUAACCUUAAAAUUAAUUUUCAUUGUCAUAUUCAUUAGAGAGAAAAAAAGAGAGACAUUAUAUAAAAGAGAGAGGUGACAGUUUAUGCAGGAGUUAGGGAGAGAUAGUACAGAUCUGUUUGACCAAAAGCAUUCACAACACAAAUCAGAGCUUGAAGAAGAGAAACAACAAUGGAAGGAGGAGGAGCUCCACCAGCUGACACCGUGAUGUCAGAUGCUGCACCGGCGCCGCCGCAGAUGGGGAUCGAGAAUAUUCCGGCAACCCUUAGCCAUGGGGGUAGGUUCAUUCAAUACAACAUUUUCGGUAACAUUUUUGAAGUUACUGCAAAAUACAAACCACCCAUCAUGCCAAUCGGUAAAGGCGCUUAUGGUAUUGUUUGCUCUGCUCAUAAUUCGGAGACAAAUGAACAUGUUGCGGUUAAGAAGAUUGCAAAUGCAUUUGACAACAAGAUUGAUGCUAAGAGGACUCUCCGUGAAAUCAAGCUGCUUCGCCAUAUGGAUCAUGAAAACGUGGUUGCAAUCAGGGAUAUAGUGCCACCACCCCAGAGGGAGGUAUUCAAUGAUGUUUACAUUGCAUAUGAGCUAAUGGACACUGACCUUCACCAAAUCAUUCGAUCAAAUCAAGCACUAUCGGAGGAGCACUGUCAGUACUUUCUGUACCAAAUCCUUCGUGGUUUGAAGUACAUACAUUCUGCAAAUGUUCUGCAUAGGGACUUAAAACCCAGCAACCUUCUCCUGAACGCCAACUGUGACUUAAAGAUUUGUGAUUUUGGACUGGCCCGUGUAACAUCUGAAACCGAUUUUAUGACUGAAUAUGUUGUUACUAGAUGGUACCGUGCACCAGAGCUUCUGUUAAACUCUUCUGAUUAUACAGCAGCAAUUGAUGUAUGGUCUGUUGGUUGUAUUUUCAUGGAACUGAUGGAUCGAAAGCCUUUGUUUCCUGGCAGAGAUCACGUGCAUCAGCUGCGUCUACUCAUGGAGUUGAUCGGUACCCCGUCAGAAGAUGAUUUGGGGUUUCUGAAUGAAAAUGCUAAGAGAUACAUUAGGCAACUACCUCCUUACCGCCGUCAAUCUUUCCAAGAAAAGUUUCCGCAAGUCCAUCCUGAAGCUAUAGAUCUUGUUGAAAAAAUGUUAACUUUUGAUCCAAGAAAAAGAAUUACUGUUGAAGAUGCACUGGCACACCCCUACUUGACAUCUCUGCAUGACAUCAGCGAUGAACCUGUGUGCAUGACUCCCUUCAGCUUUGACUUUGAACAGCAUGCGUUGACUGAGGAACAGAUGAAAGAACUGAUAUACAGAGAGGCUCUAGCAUUUAACCCUGAGUACCAGCAGUAGUGUAGUAGUGAUAAUGAUGGUAAUGUUAUCAUUGGAUUUGGAAUUUGUUAUGUUUGUUUCCCAUAGGUCAAGAGAUUUAUGUGUAUAUAUAUCAUCAUAUCUAUCAUCUGAAACCAGAUGACCUUGGAAUUUAAUUAUUUUGUUAUAGGCUUGAUUGGUAGACUCACUGGAAAACAAUCAUAAGGUGUUUUUGUAUUUUGUAUUGACUUAUUUGUUUCAAAUUAUUCUCCUAUUCAUUGGCUUCAGCCAACUUCGGAUAAAAACUUUUUUCUCA